AUGAGCUCCAGCGAGCCUAGCAAAGAGGACGUGGUGGAGAAGCCUGAAACAGACGGAAACAAAGAAAAUGCCGACCCUUCGGAUGGCCAAGAGCUCAGAUUCACACCAGAGGAAGAAGAAGCUUUAGUGAAGGAAUCUACGGUGUCCAAGGAAGAAGCGAAUGCUUUGUUCGCAGCUAAGGAAUACCAAAAUGCUAUCGACAAGUAUGACGAGGCAAUCAGCUCUUGUCCUAAAUAUCUGCAUUAUCCACGCGCAGUCAUUUUCAGUAACAUUGCCGCUUGUCACAUUCAACUCCACGAUUGGAAGGAGGCCGCCAAGGCGGCGUCUGAUUCUAUCAAGGCUCUGGAAACGCUUGAGCAGAACGACCCUCGACUAAACCCGGAUGGAAAGAAAGAAAGUGAAGAGCAAGCGAAGAAGGAAGACGAGGACGUCGAAGAGGAAAUUAUCAGUAACGGCGCUACGCGUGCAGCUCCGGCACCGGAGAAAGUCGAUGAGGAAGUCGAGACACUCAAGGCCAACAUUCAACGCAUUCGAUGCAAAGCACUGAUGCGUCGUGCUCGCGGUCGCUCAGAGGCCGGUGGCUGGCACAAUCUUGCUGGCGCAGAAGAAGAUUGCAAGGCCCUCGCUGCUAAACCAGAGAGCCUUAGCCCAGCUGACCUUCGAGUGGUUCGAAAGCAAUUACGAGACUUGCCACCGCGCGUUAAGGUUGCACAAGAGAAAGAGAUGGGUGAGAUGUGGGGUAAGCUCAAAGACCUUGGCAAUGGUAUCCUCAAGCCAUUUGGCUUGAGCACGAACAACUUCCAAAUGGUCAAAGAUGAGAAUUCAGGCGGAUACAGCAUGAAUUUCCAACCUGGUGGAAAGUCUUCAUAA